AUGCUCUCCAAGUUCCGAAUCCUCCACCGCUUCACUCAACGCCUUUCUCCAUCAAUCACCACCACACGCAGUACCAAUGCACCGCAUUUCUUCGUUCACACCAACCCUCUCUGCACCAUUAUUAACUCACAACUUCAACCCGAAUCACCUGAACUCCCACCAUGGGUCAUGUUCUCCGACAACCCAACUCCCUCAAACUCCGACGACGAUUUCGUUAUCCCUUCUCUCGCUCAUUGGGUUGAUUCCAACAUACUUGAAACCAAACCCAAGCUCUUUCUGAAGCCAACGUUGCAGGAAAGCGUGGAACUUGAACAUGUUGAAGCAAUCAGCAAUGUUCUAAAAGAACAUUACUCUUCCCCUGAGUUAGUUUCUCAGGCACUCGACGUUCACGGUUUUUGCGUUUCUAAUAGUUUGGUUAUGCAGAUUUUGAAGAGGUUUAACAAUGACUGGGUUCCAGCUUUUGGGUUUUUCAAAUGGGCAAAAACACAAACACCUUAUGUGCAUUCUCCUGAACACUACAAUUUCAUGGUUGACAUAUUGGGAAAGUUCAAGGAGUUUGAUCUCAUGUGGGAGUUAGUGAAGGAAAUGUCAAUGAUUGAAGGGUAUGUGACAUUGGAUACAAUGACUAAGGUAAUGAGGAGGUAUGCGAAGAGUCGUAAGCAUGAAGACGCUGUUGAAGCUUUUCGCAGAAUUGACAAGUUUGGCGUCAAAAAGGAUAGAAUUGCACUGAAUAAGCUCUUGGAUGCUUUGGUGAAAGGAGAAAAUGUUGAACUUGCUCACAAUGUUCUUAUUGAGUUUAAGGAUUCGAUUCCAUUGAGCUCGGCUUCUUUCAAUAUUUUGAUAAAUGGUUGGUGCAGAGUUAGAAAAUAUGAGAAUGCGCUGAAGGUUUUGGAGGAGAGGAAGCAACAUGGGUUUGAACCGGAUGUUUUCUCGUAUAACAAUUUCAUUGAAGCUUAUUGUCACAACAAGGAUUUUCGCAAAGUUGAUCAAGUUUUGGAGGAGAUGAGGGAGAAUGGUUGUUCUCCUAAUGCUGUGACUUAUACUAUUAUGUUGCUCGGCUAUGGUAAGGCGGGGCAAUUGAGCAAAGCUUUGGAGGCAUAUGAAAGAAUGAAGAAGGAUGGUAUUGUGGCUGACACUCCAUUUUAUAGCUCAUUGAUCUUCAUUCUUGGGAAAGUUGGUAGGUUAAAAGAUGCUUGUGAUGUGUUUGAGGAUAUGCCUAAACAAGGUAUUGUGAGAGAUGUUGUUACAUUCAAUACUAUGAUUACUACUGCUUGUGUGCACUUGAAGGAAGAGACUGCUCUUAGGUUGCUUAAGGAAAUGGAGGAAUCGUCGUGCAAGCCGGAUAUUCGGACUUAUCAUCCAUUGUUGAAGAUGUGUUGCAAAAAGAAGAGGAUGAAGUUUGUGCAAGAGUGGAAAACUUGUGGAGGCUUGUGCAUUCUUUGA